AGGAAAUGAAGCAUUAAACCUCAGACUUGAGACAUCCUAUUUUGUCCUAACUUGGGCACCCUGAGCCACCCAGAGCUAAGAAGUCAGGAGCUCAUCGCUUCAGGGUGAGGCGUGAGCAGUGCCAGGAGAGGAAGAAGAGAGAACUCUGCAUUCUAUCCGAGUAUCUCCGAUUGCGCUGCGGGUUUCUUGUGGACCAGCAAGGAGGGUGGAGAGCUGGCAAGCCCAGCGGAGUCCAGCUUUCGGCUUAGGCGUGCCCAGACCUGGCUCCCGGGCCAGUCCAGGAAGACCUGUACCCCUCCCUGUAAGCGGCUCCUGCCUCUUGCUCCUCCCCUCACCCCCAUUGGAGACGUGGUGAACUGGUCCCAAUAGGAGGCCUCAGCUUGGUCCCACCUCCUUUUGUCAAGGAGCAAAGAAUUUGGAGACCAGCAAGAUACUGGUCCAGCCGCAGCACCAGCGCCAUGCCUAUGACACUGGGUUACUGGGACCUCCGAGGGCUGGCCCAUGCCAUCCGCCUGCUCCUGGAAUACACAGACUCAAGCUAUGAGGAGAAGAGAUACACCAUGGGGGACGCUCCUGACUAUGACAGAAGCCAGUGGCUGAAUGAGAAAUUCAAGCUGGGCCUGGACUUUCCCAAUCUGCCCUACUUAAUUGACGGGACGCACAAGAUCACCCAGAGCAACGCCAUCCUGCGCUACAUCGCCCGCAAACACAACCUGUGCGGGGAGACAGAAGAGGAGAGGAUCCGUGUGGACAUUCUGGAGAACCAGACUAUGGACACCCGCAUGCAGAUGGCCAUGGUUUGCUACAGCCCGGACUAUGAGAAACAGAAGCCAGAGCUCUUGAAGAGCAUUCCUGAGAAGAUGAGCCUGUAUUCACAGUUCCUGGGGACACGGCCGUGGUUUGCAGGGGACAAGAUCACCUAUGCGGACUUCCUUGCUUAUGACGUGCUUGACCAGCACCGCAUACUUGAACCCAAGUGCCUGGAUGCGUUCCCAAAUCUGAAGGAUUUCAUGGCCCGCUUUGAGGGCCUGAAGAAGAUCUCUGCCUACAUGAAGACCAGCCGCUUCCUCCCCAGACCACUCUUCGCAAAGAUGGCCUUUUGGAAUCCCUAGGAGGAUGACAAUGAGAAGACCUGUGUGGAGAUACAUGGCUGCUGCUGUUGGCUGUACUUCUUGGGCACAGCCUUGUCCCUAUCAUCUGGUCUGGCUUUCUUAUUAUCUCUCUUCCUAUCUCUUCUUCUUCAUUUAUUCUUCCCAACCCCUCCUGCAUCUCGGCUGCUCUGCAUCUCGGCUCCCCAUUUCUUUAGCAAAAUCUCCUUUUCCCACUCCUGGGUCUCUCUGCCCUUCACCAGCCAGACAGCUUUCACCUCAGAUAUGAGCAAUAAUUCUACCCCAUGCUCCCUGGCCUUGCCUUUGAGUGUGCAGGCCCUGGUCUCCAAUUCGGGGCACUCCAGGCCUGUCUGAUCCCCGGUAAAGUCUGAACCAUA